AUGGACACAAGUCCUCUGGGAGGAUUAGAACUGUCUGAACACACUCCUGAUCUGCUAGGGAAUACCACCAUGGCAGCAGGUCUUGCAAAUGUAGGAAAUACAUUUGGAGGGGCACCAAGUUCUUUAGUUUCUAGACCAAAUGAAUUCCAAAACUCACCUAUAGAAGAUGAUGAUGAUGUAGUUUUUAUUGAACCUGUACAAUCUCCACAAAACUCUACACCACUGGUAGCAGAUCAAAGGAACACUGCAUUUACAUCAUCAAAAAAUGAAGUACUUCAAGGGAAUGAUUGCAAAAUGCUUCCUUCUCCAAAAGACUUAAAUUCUCAAAAGGGGAGUAUAAGUGAAACUAUUAUUAUUGAUGAUGAAGAAGACAUUGAAACAAGUCAAGGACAAGAGAAGGAUGUUUCCAGUUUUAAUGAACGAAGAGUUCCAGAGUGUAAAAAUAGAACCAACGAAAUGGAAUUCUCACCUUCCAGUUUUUCAAGAAGUAAGGUAAAUUCAGGAAUAGAUAAUAGUGGUAUAACCACAGAACCAGACUCUGAAAUUCAGAUUGCUAAUGUUACUACAUUAGAAACAGGUACUGUGACCUCAGUGAGUGAUGGUCAUUUAGAAAAUGCUGAAGGGCGUGACAUGAACUUAAUGAUUACACAUGUAACGUCACUGCAGAAUGCCAGCUUGGGAGAUGUAUCUAACGGACUGCAGUCAAGUAAUUUUGGUGUUAAUAUGCAAACAUACACCCCAUCUUUGACUUCACAGACCAAGACUGGUGUAGGACCUUUCAAUCCUGGUAGAAUGAGUGUGGCUGGAGAUGUCUUUCAAAAUGGAGAAUCUGUGACUCAUCAUAAUCCUGAUUCUUGGAUAUCCCAGUCAGCUUCCUUCCCUAGGAAUCAGAAGCAACCAGGUGUGGAUUCCUUGUCACCUGUAGCAUCACUUCCUAAGCAAAUUUUCCAGCCUUCUGCCCAGCAACAGCCUUCUAAACAGGUUAAAGUCACAUGUGCAAACUGCAAAAAGCCUUUACAAAAGGGACAGACUGCAUAUCAGCGAAAAGGAUCAGCUCAUCUCUUUUGUUCUACUACCUGCCUCUCAUCAUUUUCACACAAACCCACUCCAAAGAAACUUUGUGUUAUGUGCAGAAAAGAUAUAACAACAAUGAAAGGUACCAUUGUUGCUCAAGUAGAUUCAAGUGAGUCUUUCCAGGAGUUUUGCAGUACAUCAUGUUUAUCCUUCUAUGAAGAUAAACAAAAUCCCUCAAAAGGAACUUUGAAUAAAUCAAGAUGCACUGUCUGUGGUAAACUAACCGAGAUUCGUCAUGAAGUUAGCUUUAAAAAUAUAACUCAUAAGCUGUGCAGUGACCAUUGCUUCAAUAGAUACAGGAUGGCAAAUGGUUUAAUAAUGAAUUGCUGUGAGCAUUGUGGGGAGUAUUUACCCAGUAAAGGAGGUGGAAGCAAUAUUCUUAUUAUUGAUGGUCAGCAGAAAAGAUUCUGCUGUCAGAACUGCGUUGGUGAAUACAAGCAGGUAAUUACUUCUUUGCCUUCUUGGCAAAACCAAGUGAGAGACAGGCUUGGGAGCCCUUGGUUAGUUCAACCUUGAGAAAAAUGUGGCAAAUUAAUACCUUGUACUGGCUGCAAAGCUCAGUGCAGGUUUUUUGACAUGACUCAGUGCAUAGGACCUAAUGGAUAUAUGAAGCCAUACUGCUCAACUUUAUGCAUCAACACAAACAAACCAAAAUACGCAAAAUCACAAAGUAUGGAAAUUAUUUGCCACUUUUGUAAACGAAACUCCUUACCUCAAUAUCAAGCCACAAUGCCUGAUGGAAAACUGUGCAGCUUUUGCAGUUCCAGUUGUGUAGCUAAAUUUCAGACUCUCAGUGUGCAGUCUUCAACAAAUGGUCAGUUUGUCUCUCCCAGUGAUAUUCAGUUGAAAUGUAAUUAUUGUAAAAGUUCUUUUUGUUCAAAGCCAGAAGUGCUGGAAUGGGAGAACAAAGUGUAUCAGUUCUGCAGCAGAGCAUGUUCUGAUGAUUAUAAGAAACUGCACUGCAUAGUUACAUACUGUGAAUACUGUCAAGAAGAGAAAACGCUGCAUGAGACGGUGAAUUUCUCUGGUAUCAAAAGACCCUUUUGUAGUGAAGGCUGCAAGCUGCUAUAUAAACAAGACUUUGCAAGACGGUUAGGACUGAGAUGUGUUACUUGUAAUUACUGCUCACAGCUGUGCAAAAAGGGAGCAACUAAGGAACUUGAUGGUGUAGUGAGAGAUUUCUGCAGUGAAGAGUGCUGUAAAAAAUUUCAGGACUGGUACUACAAGGCUGCACGGUGUGACUGUUGUAAGUCCCAAGGCACUCUCAAAGAGAAGGUGCAGUGGCGUGGUGAAAUGAAGCACUUCUGCGACCAGCACUGUUUGCUCCGGUUCUACUGUCAGCAGAAUGAACCAAACCUGGCAACCCAAAAAGGACCUGAGAACUUACACUAUGAUCAGGGCUGUCAAACCCCCCGGACAAAAAUAACUGGCUCAGCACCACCACCUUCUCCAACACCUAACAGAGAAAUGAAGAACAAAGCAGUUCUUUGCAAGCCUUUGACAAUGACAAAAGCCACAUACUGUAAACCUCAUAUGCAGACAAAGUCUUGUCAGACAGAAGAUGAUUGGAAAAAAGAAUACAUCCCAGUGCCUAUUCCUGUACCUGUCUACGUUCCGGUGCCUAUGAACAUGUAUAGUCAAAAUGUUCCUGUUCCUACAACCGUACCUGUUCCUGUGCCAGUUCCAGUUUUUUUGCCCACUACUCUGGAUAGCAGUGAGAAAAUCCUUGCAGCAAUAGAAGAACUGAGGGAAAAAGUGCCCUCAAAUCCUCUGGAAACUGAGCUAAUGAAUUUGUCAGGGAUGGUACCUGAACAUGUUGGAAAAGCCGAAGAUUCUGAUGUGGCCGGUGUGAUAGUUGAGUCAAAUCUACUGAACUCAGAAACAGAGGUACAGGCAAGCUUGCCUGAUGUUCCAUAUGAGCCAGACCUUGAUAUUGAGAUAGACUUUCCAAGAGCAACUGAGGAGCUUGAUACAGAAAACGAGUUUUUGUUACCUCCUGUUUUUGGUGAAGAAUAUGAGGAACAGCCAAGGCCUCGGUCCAAGAAGAAGGGAGUGAAGAGGAAAGCAGUGUCUGAAUACCAGUCACAUGAUGACAGCUCUGAGAACUCGGAGUGUAGUUUCCCAUUCAAGUAUGCCUAUGGUGUAAAUGCAUGGAAGCACUGGGUAAAGUCUCGGUAUUUAGAUGAAGAGCUCCCAGAAUUAGAGGAACUGAAAUCAAUAAAGUCUGUGAAAUUAAAGGAAGAUCUAUUAGCACAUACUUCAGCUGAGUUAAACUAUGGGUUGACACAUUUUGUCAAUGAAAUUCGGAGGCCAAAUGGAGAGAACUAUGCACCUGACAGCAUCUAUUAUCUGUGUCUUGGGAUUCAGGAGUAUUUAUAUGGAAGUAAUCGAAAAGACAACAUAUUUAUUGAUCCAGUCUACCAGACGUUUGAACAGGAAUUAAAUAAAAUCCUUCGAAGUUGGCAGCCAAGCAUACUUCCAGAUGGAUCAAUAUUCUCUCGAGUUGAAGAAGAUUACCUUUGGAGGAUUAAACAGCUAGGAUCACAUUCACCAGUUGCUCUUCUGAAUACUCUGUUCUACUUCAACACUAAAUAUUUUGGCCUGAAAACAGUGGAGCAACAUUUAAGACUUUCUUUUGGCACUGUUUUUAGACAGUGGAAAAAAAAUCCUCUAACAAUGGAAAGCAAAGCUUGUCUUCGAUAUCAAGUGUCUUCCCUGUGCAGAGCUGAUAGUGAAGAUAAAAUUACUACUGGAAAAAGGAAACAUGAAGAUGAUGAACCAGUAUUUGAACAAAUUGAAAACACGUCUGAUCCAGCUAGAUGCCCUGUGAAAAUGUUUGAGUGCUAUCUGUCUAAAAGCCCACAGAAUCUGAAUCAGAGGACAGACAUGUUCUACCUGCAACCAGAGUGCUCUGUCUCUGCAGAGUCUCCCAUCUGGUACACUGCCACUUCCCUGGACCGCAGCACUUUGGAAAAUAUGCUCGUACGGGUUCUUUUAGUAAAAGAUAUUUAUGAUAAAGACAAUUAUGAACUGGAUGAAGACAUAGAUUAAAACAAACUUCCAAAACCCAUCAAGAAAACAAACAGCAUUAGAUAUAGUCAUGCUGCUAGACCUUUACUAUGGAAAACAUUUCAAGUUUACCCUUCGUUUUAUGAGUUUUGUAGCAGUGCGUACCCUCUCCUGGGUAUUACCAUGUAAAUAAAUUGUGAGUGAAAGUUUCCAUUAUUCUGCAUAGUGGUUUUAGGAGACAUAACAAACACAUUUCAGAUUCUUUUUUUAUUAUUUAUUUGAUUAGGUAUGUUUGUAACUUUUUACAUUGCAAAAUAUGAAUGAGAAUGUGCCAUGUGUAAUU